AUGGGGCUCGGCGGGAGCUCCGCCGAUGAGAGUGGAAAGGGCCUGGAUGCCUGGGAACGGCGCUGGUGGCGGAAGGGCACUUCUGUGGCGGGCGUCGACGAAGCAGGCCGCGGACCGCUGGCUGGGCCCGUCGUUGCAGCCGCUUUCUCCGUGCUGGCGCCCGAAGAUGAAGAGGUCCUUGAUCUGCUGUCCAGGGUCAACGAUUCCAAGCAAUUGACCGAGCAACAGCGGGAGAGCCUCUUCGAGGAGCUGACGGAUGCGAAGUUCCAGGGCCGCACCGCCUGGAGCAUUGCCGAAUGUUCCGUCAAGGAGAUCGAUGCUGGCAACAUUCUUCAGGCGUCGCUGCAAGCAAUGUCCCGAGCGGUGCAUGGCCUCACAGUUCGACCAGGUACGGUGCUUGUGGACGGCUGCAAUCGCCCCCCCGAGCUUCUGGGCCCGGGCGAGAAAUGGACUCGGGAGUCACAGAGAGAUCUGGAAAGUCGCAAGAACCAGACCAAGCUCGCCAAGUGGUUCAAGAAGCCGAAGGUGGAAGAAGCCGAGCCAUGGCGACCAAAGGAGGUGGAAGCUGUCAUCGAAGGGGAUGGCCGUGUUCCAUCGAUCUCAGCCGCCUCGGUUCUGGCCAAAGUUUCCCGCGAUCGCCAGAUGGACCGGCUGGAUGCGUUGCAUCCGCUUUACGGCUUCAAGGCGCACAAGGGCUACGGCACUGAAGCGCAUUUGAAAGCGAUUCGACAGCACGGAAUUUGCAGCGAACAUCGAACAACCUUUGGGCCCAUCAGGGAGGCCAUCGAGCGGGAGAAGGUCAAGCUUUCUGACGAGGCGGUCUCAAACAACAAGCGCAGCCUGAAAGAAGAUGCUCUCCAAGGCUCCCGGAAAUCCAGGAAAGCCACAGCAUGA